GAUGGGCUCUGUGUAUGUCACCUGCAACUGCAGCUUCUCCUCCAACCUGGAUCCUGACACAUUGGACAAGUGUUUCUGGACAGGACCCAGGAUGCCACAGCCACUGGCUCAGGGACUCCUAUAAGCUGGAUAACCUCCAAGUGACAAAACUGGAAGCAGCCACCCCACUGUCUACAGCUAAGCCACUGAUUGACCCCAGGCCCCGACACUUCCAAUUGAACUUCACUGUCACCAGCGUGCUCUAUUCCCUGGACUUGUCACACCCUGACUCAGCCAAGUAUCAAGAGAACAAAAAUGGCAUUGAAGAUGCGCUGACCCAGCUCUUCAGAAACAGCAGUAUCAAGAGCUAUUUCUCUGACUGUCACGUGCAGACCUUUAGGCUUGCCUCUCCCAGACGCCUCACAGGAGUGGACUGUUUAUGUGACUUCACAUCAGCUGCUCAAGCCCGGAACUUUGACAGGGCCGCUAUGUACGAAGAGUUCCUCAGACUGACCCACAAUGGCACUCGGCUACAGAACUUCACCCUGGAUCAGAACAGUAUCCUGGUGGAUGGCUAUUCUACCAAGAAAAUAGAUGGGAAAACUAAGAAAACUGACCUGCCCUACUGGGCCAUCAUUCUUAUCUGCCUGGCUAUUAUGUGCUGCUUCAUGAGCCUCCCAAAUACUGAGCUAGCUUUGGCAAUGUGUGUGUCAAUCUUAUCAUCUAUGAGGACAACCCUGGAAAGUAUACUGCCAAGGUCAGUAUCCACAGCAUUCAAAAUUUCUCCAUUUGCUGUAAGUGAUUGUUCCACAUAUGAAUAGUGCAGUGCUGGCUGGUGGAGAACCUCUAUUUUAUUGGUAUUAAUUGUUAGGCCCAAAUGAGCACAAGUAGCAGAAUAUUGAUCCAUGCUCUGCUGCAUCUCAGCCUCAGAGGCUGCAUUAAGUGCACAAUCAUCUUCAGGAGAAAAAAAAAGUCACACACCAACUCUGCCUCCACUUGAGUCUUCACAAGCCCUUGUGACAAAGGCCUUGGUUAGAUCUACUAAUGUUGUGUAGAGACCUUGUUCUGCUCCCAGCAAUUAUCAUGGAGUUGUGGGGCAGCAGACACCACAUUGACUGUUCCUCAUCCCUUUCUGAAGCCACACUG